AUGUCCUUCCAGGGCAAGAAGAGCAUCCCCCGGAUCACGAGUGACCGCCUUCUGAUCAGAGGUGGGAAGAUCGUCAAUGACGACCAAUCCUUUUAUGCUGAUUUGUAUGUGGAAGACGGUUUGAUAAAACAAAUUGGAGAAAACCUCAUUGUCCCUGGGGGUAUCAAAACCAUCGAUGCCCAUGGCCUGAUGGUCCUACCAGGUGGAGUCGAUGUCCAUACAAGGCUGCAGAUGCCUGUCCUGGGCAUGACCCCAGCUGAUGACUUCUAUCAAGGCACCAAGGCAGCCCUUGCAGGAGGGACCACAAUGAUCUUGGACCACGUGUUCCCCGAUGCGGGCACGAGCCUGCUGGCAGCCUAUGAGCAGUGGCGGGAGCGGGCGGACAGUGCAGCCUGCUGUGACUACUCCCUGCACGUGGACGUCCCCCGCUGGCAUGAGAGCAUCAAGGAGGAGCUGGAGGCCCUGGCCAAGGACAAGGGCGUGAACUCCUUCCUGGUCUUCAUGGCGUACAAGGACAGAUGCCAGUGCACAGACGGCCAGAUGUAUGAGAUCUUCAGCAUCAUCCGGGACCUGGGGGCCGUGGCCCAGGUGCACGCAGAGAAUGGAGACAUCGUGGAGGAGGAACAGAAGCGGCUGCUAGAGCUCGGCAUCACCGGCCCUGAGGGCCACGUGCUCAGCCACCCUGAGGAGGUGGAGGCCGAGGCCGUGUACCGAGCAGUCACCAUUGCCAAGCAGGCCAACUGCCCGCUGUACAUAACCAAGGUGAUGAGCAAGGGCGCGGCCGAUGUGAUUGCCCGAGCCAAGCGCAGAGGAGUGGUCGUGUUUGGGGAGCCCCUCACUGCCAGCCUGGGCACUGAUGGCUCACACUACUGGAGCAAGAACUGGGCCAAGGCUGCGGCCUUCGUCACAUCGCCCCCCAUCAACCCGGACCCCACCACUGCAGACCACCUCACCUCCCUGCUGGCCAGCGGGGACCUCCAGGUGGCCGGCAGUGCCCACUGCACCUUCACCACUGCCCAGAAGGCCGUCGGCAAAGACAACUUCACGCUGAUCCCCGAGGGUACCAACGGCAUCGAGGAGCGCAUGUCCGUGGUCUGGGAGAAAUGUGUGGCCUCGGGGAAGAUGGACGAAAACGAGUUUGUUGCUGUGACCAGCACGAACGCUGCCAAGAUCUUCAACUUCUACCCAAGGAAGGGGCGAGUGGCUGUGGGCUCUGACGCCGACCUGGUCAUAUGGAACCCCAAGGCCACAAAAAUCAUCUCUGCCAAGAGCCACAAUCUGAACGUGGAGUACAACAUUUUGGAGGGAGUCGAGUGCCGAGGAGCCCCCACAGUGGUCAUAAGCCAGGGCAGAGUGGUGCUGGAGGACGGGAACAUGUUCGUCACCGCGGGGACUGGCCGCUUCAUUCCUCGAAAGACGUUCCCGGACUUCGUCUACAAGAGGAUAAAGGCCCGCAGCAGGCUGGCGGAGAUCCACGGCGUGCCCCGUGGCCUCUAUGACGGGCCGGUCCACGAAGUGAUGGUGCCCACCAAGCCAGGGAGCGGCACCCAGGCUCGCGCAUCCUGCCCGGGCAAGAUUUCUGUCCCACCUGUGCGCAAUCUUCACCAGUCAGGGUUCAGCCUGUCUGGAUCACAGGCGGACGACCACAUCGCCAGGCGCACGGCUCAGAAGAUCAUGGCGCCCCCAGGCGGACGCUCCAACAUCACCUCUCUUUCCUAG